AAUUCAUGGAUGCAUCGAUUAGGGCUUAAAUAUUGGCAGUGGCGGAUGGCGACACAGACAAGGCAGGAAUUCUCCAUGUCAGGUUUUUGACUUGCACCGACGCUGGCGUGUCUCUAUUCUUCCUCCUCUCCUCUCCUCUCCUCCGAUCGCUCGUACCUUCGGCCUCUUCAGCAAUCUGUAUGGUCGUUUCCUGAAUGAGGAAUCCGUCGCCGUCUGCCUCCUGUACAUUUGGCUAGUUUGACAAAGAAUUCAUUUACCUGUAGACCGCUAAAGACUUGGUCAAUUAAUUGUACGUGAAAAAUUAAGGAAGAUGGGUUCUGAAGGGCCCUCCACGGUAACCAUUCAUGUUACUGGAUUUAAGAAAUUCCACGGGGUAUCUGAGAAUCCAACAGAGAUAAUUGUCACAAAUCUGAAGGGGUUCAUGCAAAAGAAAGGAUUUUCAGAGGGUCUUGUUCUUGGUAGUUGCAAUGUUCUCGAGACAGCUGGAGAGGGGGCGCUUCCUCAUCUUCAUGAAGUAUUUCAGUCUGUUGUUGCUGGGCAAAAUAAUGAAACAUCCAAUGGGGGCCAAAUCAUCUGGCUGCAUCUUGGAGUAAAUAGUGGUGCUACAAGGUUUGCUAUUGAGAAUCAAGCAGUCAAUGAGGCAACCUUUCGCUGUCCAGAUGAGAUGGGAUGGAAGCCUCAGAAAGUUGCAAUUGUACCUUCUGAUGGAAGCAUCUCACAGGUUCGAGAGACUUCUCUUCCUGUCAACGAAAUUGUUAAGAACUUGUCGAAGAUGGGAUAUGAUGUAAUGCCUUCUGAUGAUGCUGGUCGAUUCGUUUGCAACUUUGUGUACUACCAUUCUCUGUGGUUUGCUGAGCGCAACAGAAUCAAGUCUCUCUUUGUGCAUGUUCCCCUGUUCUCGACAAUUGAUGAGGAAACCCAGAUGGAGUUUGCUGCUUCCCUUUUGAAAGUGCUUGCCUCGCUUCACUAGUACUACUCUCAUCUUCUCAUCGAGUCAGGUCCCCAUAAAUAGUGUCUCUCUUAUUUGGACCUGUCGACAUGUCUUGAAGUACAAUCGACUUAUGGCAUCCUCACCUCGCGGACGAUAAACAGACAAUAUAAUUCCUCUAAAAGGGGGUAUUUUGUGUGUAAUUGCUGUGUUCUUCUGUGCAGAAAGAUGGUGGAUGGAAUUGAACAUUGCUUCAA